UCUAUAACCUCGUCUUCUGUUUUUGUUUUGCUAAGCUCAUCAUUUGUUUGAUUUCUGUGGUUGUUUUGGGUCAUUGGGUUCGUUUGAUUUCUGAUCCGGUGCUUCUGAUUCCUUCAGUGAUCAGGAAGAUCUAUUUGUGUUUGAGCGGAAUUGAAUGGUCGUUUUCUGUGCUUGAUUGAUUUGGAGACUAAAUGGCGUUGGUUACUACCGCCGAAGUUUGUGAUGCGAACCCACAACUCAUAGUGAGCGGCGAGCUCCGUGCCCUUCAGCCAGUUUUCCAGAUAUAUGGUCGGCGCCAGGUCUUCUCAGGACCAGUAGUCACCCUCAAAGUAUUCGAAGACAAUGUCUUAAUACGGGAAUUCCUCGAAGAGAAGGGAAAUGGUCGAGUGCUUGUAGUGGACGGAGGUGGGAGCUUGAGAUGCGCGAUUCUCGGGGGCAAUCCCGUUGUCCAAGCCCAAAACAACGGAUGGGCAGGUAUUGUUGUGAAUGGUUGCAUAAGAGAUGUUGAUGAGAUCAAUGGCUGCGAUAUCGGGGUCAGGGCUUUGGCUUCUCACCCGAUGAAAGCCAACAAGAAAGGGAUCGGGGAGAAACACGUGCCCAUAAACAUCGCAGGGACUAGGAUCUGCGACGGUGAAUGGCUUUACGCUGACACGGACGGGAUCCUCGUCUCUCGAACCGAGCUCUCGGUCUGAAAAUGUUGCUGUCUGUUUGUCCCUUUCACUGUAAGAUCAUGUCAUAAGAGCUUGGAUAUGUUUUUUCCAAACAAAAUGAUGAACCUAGAGAUGCGUCUCAUCUCAUGUAUUACGGAUCUUUGGGAAUGUAUUUUUUUUUUCGUUUUCGGUAAUGUCAAAACUUCUGUUUGAUAGAAUUAAUCUGGAGCUAUAUAUAUACACAA